UGUAAUAAGCAAAAUCAUGGUGGAGUGUAAUUUUGAUUAGUACCUUAGUAAUGUACUUUGGUGGUUUCAGUCCUGGGGCCUAUGCAUAUUCGUAAUGAAAGUAUUACCACGACUGGAGCUAGGAUCAGGUGGGACCACGCCCCCGCAUGUUACAAACGGACAGAAAUGUGGAUCAACUACAGAAACAAAGAUGGAAAGCUCAUAAAGAAGAGUUUACAUAAAGACGCAGUGUAUGAAGAUAUUAUCGGACUCGAACCCGGUACCAACUACACCAUACAGCUGAUAACUCAGUACGGAAAAAUCAUGAGUGAACCAGUCAACUUUAAUCUAGUAACUCAAUCUCUCCCACAAUCUGGUGGUCUGAGUGGCGGUGCUGUUGCUGGUAUUAUUAUUGGUAAGUUGAACAUAGCUGACUGUUUCGCACUGCUCGACCACUUAAUACACAUUAACGCCUAAAACAUAUCUGUGGUACUGGUACCAUUGAAACGCUCAGCAAGCAUGGAACGGGCAUCGCAUGUCAAGAUGCUACAAAGCAAUGUGAUUGGCGAGAGCGCCACGCGAAGAUAUUAUUCCAAAGCUGCUUUCUGCAUUUCAUUGUCAAAGCGUUUGGGAAAGGUCUUCGCCAAUUAUAAAUAUUUAACCGUUAGCAAAUGAAUAAUUGUUG